AGCUACCUACGACCCCGAUUGGGAUGGAGCCACAACUCGAAACUUGCCUCCUCUAUCUUCGUCAACAGCCUCCUUCAGCCGCCCACUUUUACUAGCGCCGCUCGUUUGAUGUUAAUGUUCUCCAGCAGCUUUAAUAGCGUCCGAUUGACCAUUUCUGUGCACCACAGCCUUUGGUUUGAAUGCCUAUCUCGAGCAUGUACUUUUUAUUCGCUACCCAGCCGUGACCUACGUCCCUUUUUCUUUUUCAUCAGAUUUCAUUCGUAAGGAUCUAUCAACAUAACUUGGGACGACUACACUUGAACUUUUUACGCGCCAGACUCUACUCCUAUACCAGAAUUGCUAUAUGAAUCAGCAUCAAGAUCGCAUCAUCCACCACUUACAUGCCACCUCCUCCUCCGCCACGACCGCCAUCUCAGGGCGGCGCAGCAGACACGACCAGCAGCGAAAAAAAUAGUAGAAGUAAAGAGCCUACAAUUCGUGACGUUGUCCUCGCGAAAAACGAGAAUUCGCAGGCGAGGCAGCAGUACAUGAUGUUCGACCUCGCGAAACCAAUUGGAUGGAAGAGCGGCAGCGCGUCCGGGCUCGUGCAGCGGCGCCAGGAGGAGAACUACUACGGAGGUCCACCUCGCACAAGUACCUCUGCACGCGGACCACCAGCAGCAUUCCCCCCGGGGGAAGCUGCCUAUCCAAGAAAAAAGCAUUGUAGGUGUAACUUUUUUGGAGGAACAGCAUUACAAAUCUGUCUGGCAUGGCAGCAGAAACCUGUCAUGCGCAGAUAGUACGUGAAAACGCCCUUUCAUGCACCCUACAAUGCAUGCCAAGCAUGACAGACGCAAUCACCUUGCAUGUUCAUGCAUCACAAAUUUGCACUAACAACGUUUUUUUCUUGGAUACUGCCCCCUUGUUCUUCACUCUCCCGGACUCGGCGGGGUGCAUCACGCGCACGUGUAAGGUAUCCUGUGCAAAAGUAUUGCACUCGUAUUGCAAUCAUGCAUUACAAGUUUUCUUCUUAAGGUAAAUCCGCAUUACAAAUUUUGCUUCUCUUCAUGCUGAGGAAAUUUGUAAUGCAUUUAUACGAGUACGAUUACGAUACCUUUGCAAUGCAUAUAAGGACCCUAACUGCAACAAUAAGUACCUGGCCGGGACGCCGGUCGAGUUUGCGGGUCGGUUCUGUCUAUCAACUGUAAAAAUGUCUGGGUCUGGAAGAUUCUGACACUUGUCAUGCACGUUUUGCAUGAGCAAUGAUGUCCGUGAUGCAUACCCUAGCAAUACAGACUUUUUGAGGGCUUCUUGAUGCCUAUUCCGCAUGACAAAUGCCUUCUCAGCGUAGCAAAAGUUGCGCUCCCUUUGCUACUCAUGCAAUACAGAUUUUUUUGGAAUCCAAAUGCAGCAUCACAAGUUGCUUUCUUCCAGACCCAGACAUUUUUGCAUUUGAUUCUGUCGCAGCUUGCACGACGGCUUUCAGUACUGUGAGCUCCACAUCGCGCAAGACGAGAAGUUCGCGAGAAUCCAGUGCCAGGGCAUCAAAAAGUACAACAGCGAAAGGUGCAAGAUCCACCGGUAUUCUAGCAUUCGAAUGGGGAACGACGGCAACGGCGAGCUGGCCGCCAAACCGUUGCUGGAGGGGCGAAGUAACUUCUGCUUGUUUCACCAGCCGAAGGGCUUUGAUUUGUCGUACUGCAAACGCGAGCAAGUGCAGGGCAUUGACCAAUGGCCCUGGGUGUUUUUUGACCUGGAAACCGGUCGGCUCGUGUCGGAGUCCAGCGGGGACAGAGUAUCAAAAAGAAAAAUCCCCCCUUUCCGUAUCAAAGUGGAAAUUUGUGAUGCUGAUUUGUCGUCACAAAUCGCCCUUGUCUUGCCUAUAGGGCAAUAGGAGCUGCCUUGUGGCGCAUUCUAUACAGCCAGUCUGUCAUGCGCUUUCGACUACUGCAAACCUGUUUGCCAUGCCUAAUUGCAGCUAGCCUUCUGCAUAUCCGAGCAGGCAGCUCAGAAAAUACCGCCAAGCGUUUUCUGCAAGACAAAUCUGAUUUGUGGGCGCCAAUGAGCACUACAAAUUUCCAUUUUGAUAUGGGGAGGGGGGAUUUUUCCUCACAAUACAAAGACCGCGUCGACGUGAGCCUGGAGCGGGUCACCGAAAUCGGCGCGGUAGUGGUGAGAAAUCCUGCGGAGGAGCUUCUACUAUCACGCACGUCGAGGUCGCCAGCUCAUGAUGCGCACGGAUUGGCUGCUGGCCACCCCCGCGGCCCGGAUUGUUCGAUAUCAUCUCUACCAGGAGGAGAUGAGAUUUUUGAAAAUGAAAACUCAUCCGCCCCCGCACGGUAUGACGAGAGAAGCUCCGGGUUAUUGUCCUCAAGCGCGGGUGGAAGAACUCAUCACAGUCGAGGACCAUACGAGCGCCCGCUACAUUAUGCAUUGCAAAUCUGUCCGGGUCUGGAAAUCUGUGAUGCCAAAAAGCGGAUGAUGGAGACACUUUCGAAUGCAGCCACGCAUGACAACUUUCCAGAACGCUUAUUUCUCAUGCGCGGCCCGCAUGAGAAACUGUGUUUCUUUUUCGUAUGACAAAAGAGGCUGUGACUUUUGCUGGUCAUGCAAUACAGACCGCACAGGAAUGUAAGCCCAGCAUUGCAAGUUCGGACUUUCCAGACCUAGACAUUUCUGGAGUCGAUAUCCAUUUCGAGACCUUGGUUCGGCCCAACCCGACCGAACCGAUUGUGACGCCAAACGUCUCGGGGAUCGAAAACGAAAUGCUACAAACUGCCCCGGAUUUCAAAACCGCGAUGAGGAGUUUCUUGCAGUUUCUCGAGAGCUGUUGUCAGCAGCACUGCGAAGCAGGCGAUGUUGUAGGUGAAGCAGGCAGGAGGAGCACAAGUUCGACUAAAGAUGCAACCACGACUGGCACGACAAGUAGAAGUAGACCCCUUCUGAUCGCGCACAACGGGUUGAAUUUUGACGUGCAGGUGCUCUUUCACGAGCUUGUGCGGCACGGGAUGGCGCGCGAGCUGGAAAAAUUUCGGACCUUCCUUUUCCUCGACUCGCGGGUAUCAAAUGUAAAAAUGUCUGGGUCUGGAAACUUGUGAUGCUGGGUAGCGUCUCAUGAUGAGGCCACAAAUGCUGGCUCAGCAUGACAAGUUUCUGAGUUUCUAGGUGUUGCCUAUUCUGCAUGACAAACUACGUUUCAUCACAGAAAAGUGAAGCUCUUGGGUAACGUGCAUGACAGAUUUAAGAGUCAUGCCAGACAGGCAUGAUUUUUCCAGACCCAGACAUUUUUGCACUUGAUAGCGGGAUGUUGUGGACAAUUUUCGCCCGGAUUUCGAGUGCAGGAAGCUGGGGUGCUUGGGGUUGCAAUUGAAGAUUGACCGGAGAGACUACGUGGUGCCGACGGGAGAGGGAAAUAUUAACCACACUGCGCCGAGAACGGGUACUGGCGAGGUGCAGUUGAUGCCAAAAAAUAACGCCAGGAACAAAAGAUCUGACUCCUUGCCAGAAAUAUUAAAUCAGGGCCAAGGUGAUAUAGCGUCGUGCGCAGCUCCUACGCAACAAGCGUCGAGCAAUGUGAGCGAGGUCAGCAUUGCCUCGACGGCCAGCGAGCACUGGGCCCGGCCGCACAGAGCGCUGUCGGAUUCGUUUCUGUUGCGUGACGUCGUGUUGAAAUCGAUAGCGACGUGCUCGAAGCACAGGGCGCUGGCCGAAGGCUUGACGGUGCAGAAGGUCUUCGCAAAUAACGCGCGAUGCUGGAGUACGCACUGCAAACAUGCCACCGCAGGAGCGACCCCCAAAUUUGUCGUUUAGAAUACAAAUGAAUGAUAUAUAAUCUAGAGACGACGAGGCGCGCGCGAUCAUGCAUUGUGCUGCGCAAGACAAAUACAGUCCAAAAGAUUUUUGUAUUGACUUCUUGCCUGCGGCUGCUCAGUUGGAGUUGCAUAGAGGUAACUGCGUUUACAAUUACAAAACAUCAAGUCUGUGUGUUGCCGAUGCCGAUGUAAUCACAUUUUAUGUGCAUAAAAAGAGAUGGGCAAAAAACAAGAUGAAGCCUUGCGCUGGCAUGUUUGUAUUCCAUAGGCAGUGGGGUGAAAACUGAGCCGCAUUCGCCUGUCGCACGAAAGCGGACGGCGCCAGAGGCGGAAGAGGGGCCGAGCGAACUCGUCUUGACGGGGGGAUGGAAGGACAAGCAACAGAAAACGGAGAAGAGAAGCGAUAGUGGUGGAGCUGGCGGCCCUCCACCCGGACGAUUUUUCUCUACUGGACAACGGGGGACAUUGCUACAAGGAGCUCCGCGUGGUGGAGGUGGUUAGAAUCUGUGAGUAAUUAUCUUUUUCAGCGAUUGACAUGAUAAAGCAUCGGAUCUAACUCCUAUGUGUAUUUUCAUAAACCCCUCGUAAUGGAUAAGGAGCUGCUGGUCACGUACCAUUUUGCUUACCUCAACCCCUGUGGCUCGCUUUGCGGUGCAGCUGCGGGGAGUAGUUCUUACAUCAUUACUACUUAUUUUGCUCACCCCAUCUAUCAACCCCUGUGGCUCGCUUUGCGGUGCAGCCACGGGGAGUAGUUCUUACAUAGUAUUUUGCUGAGCCCUGUGAAAACUGAGACGCUUCAGUAGUUUCGCACGACCACGACGACGACACAACUAAGUGCUGAAAAUGCGAGAUCUGCAUAAUUUACACGUCUUAAAGGGUCUUCUUGCUAGGACAUGUUGUGGGAAAAAAGCAACGGCAGCAACAGUGUUCUUCUCCGGUUCAGUCUUGUUUUCCGCGAUACCUGAACGACCGGGCGAGAAGUGUGGCCUAUCCUUUUUUAGUAUGUACUUGCACUUAUGCUGUCACUUUAUAAUGUGAUGUAGUCGCAUCGGCAUCACAGUACGUGUACCUACCAGCUUUACUCGGAGUCAGAGAGAAUCCAUGCGAUCAAAAGCGUUGCUGUUGCCCGGAACCAUUUCUGCCCAUUGCUAGCAUUUCAAGUAAAGAUGGAGCUGAAGUAAGAAGCGAAACCAAAAAAAUGUCCUUUUCCCCAUCCAUGUUCCUGUUUGGCAAUGCGCUUGCCGCCGCGCCCGCGUUCGCCUUCUACAGCCAUAUGCAGCGGGUCGAGCAAACGUGCCAGUACUACCUCGAAAGGAGCAGGUCGAGCCGGGCAGCCGGGGAACCACCGAGGUUACCGGUGAAAAUUUCCGCGAUGGAUCCGAUCACUCAGUGGAACCAAGCGCUGAUAGCGUUGCACCACUUUUUGCACACGACCGCGGCCUUGACGAGUGGGGGAGUAGGAAAAAUUGCUGCUGUGAAAUCCACUUCGUGAUAUCCGGGAUUUUUUUGCUGAAUAGGAAAACUCUCUGUCACCUGUUCUUGCAGCUGAUAAAAAACAGUACGUAGCUGCUCCUGGAUUCUCAAAUUGCGUCG